AUGGACAAUGUUUCUGAAUAUAACAACAAUUCCAGCUUUAUGUUCAGCACCUCACAAACAACAAACUGUACUAACGUUCUAGUAGACAAUUUCAUCAAGGUGUACUUUCUACCUACUAUGUACAGCAGCAUCUUUAUAAUUGGAUUUCCAGGAAAUAUUAUUGCAAUUUCAGUAUAUGUCAUGAAGAUGAGGCCAUGGAGAACCAGUAUCAUCAUCUUGCUGAAUUUGGCCAUCACAGACCUCAUGCACCUCUGCAGCUUACCUUUCUUGGUUUACAAUUACGCAAAUAAGGAGCAAUGGAGUCUUGGGGACUUUAUGUGCAAGCUGAUCCGCCUUGUUUUUCAUUUUAACCUUUAUGGCAGCAUUCUCUUCCUCACUUGCUUCAGUAUCUUCCGUUACUUUGUUAUUGUUCACCCUAUGAAAUUCCACUCUAUCCACAAAAGGAGGUGGGCAGUUAUAGCUUGUGCAACUGUGUGGAUAGUUGCACUGAUCGAGGUCCUUCCCAUGAUUAUCCUAAUGACAGAGGUACAUGACACAGUGGCUUGCAUGGACUUUGCCGUGUCUCUUGAUGAAUACAAUGUGCACUGGUAUAAUGCCUGGCUUACUUCCAUUGGCUUUGCAUUACCAUUAAUAGUAGUGACUCUCGCUUAUACGUCCAUCAACCGCAGCCUUUCAAAUGGACCUUAUACAAAUGACACCCCUAAGAAGAAGGCUCGAAGGCUUGUUGUCAUUCUUUUGGUUGUGUUUUAUGCUUGUUUCUUACCUUUACACAUUUUUAGAGCUAUUCGUAUUGAAACUCGACUGCAUCCUGUAGGCUGUAUGUAUGAAAAACAUAUCCAUGCCAUAUAUAUAGCAUCUAGACCGAUAGCCUCACUCAAUACAUUUGGUAAUUUGUUACUAUAUGUUGCUGUUGGUGGGAAUUUCCAGCAUGCUGUUCAGGCAGUUUAUAAAUCAAAUCCUUAUAAACAGCAACCAUAAAUCAGAUGAGGCUAUAUAUGAUACUGAAAACAGUAAGUAUAUUAUAGCUCAGUCUAUAGCCACAUAAAAAGCACAAAGUUGGUUUUGUACAGGUUACAGAAAUAUGUAAUCAUUUAAAGCAGGGGAUACUAUAUUCCCCAUAAUACAGAUGU